UCAUCGCUCAAAAAGAGAGUCAGUUUCUUGGAAGCCACUCUAUGAGCUUGUGACUUUAUAUAUACAAUACACCUUGUGUAAGGUUGCCUUAUUGCAUUGAACCCUUCAUGUUCAAGCCAUUGAUUAUUAAUUCUCCCCCUAUUUUACAAUUUCCUCUCACAUUGCUUCAAUAGUUUGUGUUAGCAAAUUUUUUUUAAAAUUUUUUUCCUUCAUUGAAUUCUGGUUUUUCUGCUUGUACUUGCAUCAUGCUUACAGUAAUACUAUUCUUUUAACAUUUUUUUUGGGGUUUGUAUCAAAUAGUUCAUUCCUCUGUUUUAUAAAGCUCCAUCUCAAUAAUCAAUAGAGAUUUGGAGUAAAAAAAAAAAAGGCAGAAAUGGCUAAUUAUCCCAUGGAGCACCAACUGGGUUGUGGCCUAAUGGCAGGGAUUUUCCAUCGCCGGAGCUUCUGGCAACGGAAAACAUCUGUUUAUUCAUUGCCUGUAGAGAGCAGCAACAAUAUCUUCAAGGAAAAUCCUGCUGUCCAUAUUUCCAAGAGGCAGAGAAGCAAAUCUGAAGCUGCCAUUCUUGCCUCCAAUCUGGUUAAACAAUUGCCAGAAUUAGGCCAAAAACUUACCACGAGGAAUAGUUUGAUUGCUCCAAGAACCUCAUCUUCACGUCAGAAGAGUGAAGGUAGAAAAUCCACCGAUGCUGCAAGAAACUCAACAUCAUCCUCGAGUUCGGGCCAAAUAAAAUUGUCACAGACCAAUGCGGCAAAGCUAAGGAGAAAAUCCAUAAGUGACUCCAGAGAGCUUAGCAUGAUCGUCUCGACUAAUAAUCAACAAUCCAAAGAUAGCAGAACCCUGGUUCGAGCUACUUCGAGCAAUGUGAUGCUAUCAGGCGACUUGGGUAACUUGAGGCUGCUGGGAAAUGGGAAUAUUGCAGGUAACAAUAGUCCUAACGCCACUACAAAGACUGCAGAUUUCCCUCAUAGGAAUUUUCAAGAAGCAAGCUCCACUCCCAGAACUAGACAUAGUUAUGGCAAACUUGGUGGAAAUGGUGUUAUGGGGAACAUUGUGCGGCAGUCUAGCGGCGAGUUUCGACAAUGCCAAAGCCUGACAAGUAAAAUGGAUCCCGAGGUUUUGAAGAAUAUAGGUAAUGAGAAGUACAAGCAGGGAAGAUGUGAAGAGGCCUUAGCUUUUUAUGAUCGAGCAAUUGCUCUCGAUUCGAGUAAGGCAACAUAUCGGAGCAAUAGAAGUGCUGCUUUGAUAGGCUUAGGCCGUCUUAUAGAAGCUGUCGCCGAGUGCAAAGAAGCUAUUAGGCUUGAUCCUUCCUAUCAAAGAGCACAUCGCCGUUUGGCGACACUAUAUAUCAGAAUAGGAGAAGCGGAGAAAGCAUUGCAUCACUACGAACAAUCAGGCAACUCUGCUGACUCAGAAGACAUUGCUCAAGUUCAGGCCUUGCAAAAGCACCUGAACAGAUGCAUCCAAGCUCGAAAUUUAAAAGAAUGGAAUACUCUGGUAAAGGAGACCGACUGUGCAAUUUCCUCCGGAGCAGAUUCAUCUCCACGGGUAUAUGCUAUGCAAGCCGAGGCCUUGUUGAGACUGCACAGACAUGAAGAGGCCUACAGAGCCUACCGGAGGGCACCGAAUUUUAGCUUUGACUCUUGUACUAAGUGCUUUGGCCUGGCUGGCACCUCUCAUUUCUUAAUUGGGGCGCAGGUUUAUAUGGCUGCAGGCAGGUUUGAAGAUGCCAUAGCAGCAGCUCAGCAAGCAGCUCAACUUGAUCCAAGUAACAGGGAGGUCAGCACAGUAUUAAAAACUGCUAGAGCUGUAGCAUCUGCAAGAUUGAGUGGGAACCUGCUAUACAAUGCAUCAAAAUUUUCUGAGGCCUGCGCUGCAUAUAGUGAAGGACUACAAUAUGACCCUGAUAACUCAAUUUUACUAUGCAACCGAGCAGCUUGUCGAUCCAAGCUUAACCAAUUUGAAAAGGCCGUGGAAGACUGCACUGCAGCUCUUAGGAUUCAGCCUAAUUACUGCAAGGCCAGGUUAAGAAGGGCUCAUUGCAAUGCCAAGCUGGAAAGAUGGGAAGCUUCAAUUCAAGAUUAUGAGACGUUGAUAAGGGAAAGUCCAGCAGAUGAGGAGGUGGGCAGGGCCUUGUUUGAGGCCAAGAUUCAACUGAAGAAGCAACGCGGUGAAGACACCAAGGGCAUGAAAUUUGGUUCUAAUUUGGUGUUCAUUUCCAGCAAUGAACGUUUUAGAUACUUCGUAACGUCUCCUGGAAUGUCAGUGGUGCUUUUUUGCAACAAAGAGAAUCAUAAGCAAGUGUUGGAGCUAAUGGAGCAAGUCUGCAAGAGAUUCCCAUCUGUCAACUUUCUUAAGGUGGAGGUAGAAGACCACCCCGACUUAGCAAAGUCAGAGAGCGUAACGUCUCUUCCAUCCUUCAAGAUAUAUAAGAACGGAUUAAGGGUGAAAGAAAUUCCAGGCAACAACUGCGAAUUACUGGAAAAAUCAGUUAAAUUGUACAGCAGUUGAAGAAGAUAAUUAGCCCGAAGUGUAAACAUGAAAUUUGUGCAUAGGCAUAUGGAAACAUAGAUAAAAGAGAGCCCCAACAUAACAACAUUGAUAUGGGAAAGAAAGCAGCAACACACAUAAAGCAGAAAAGGGUUACAGAAGGAAUCAUAUUGGCUGCACCAUAGAUUAAACAAAUUGGAGAGUUGUUUUGUGUUUCUUGAUGAUAAUUUAGUUUUUUUUUUUUUUCUUUGGAUA